GCGGUUCUAACCGGAUUUGUUGUAUAUUAUCAAUAGACACUGUAUAAAUAGGUAGAAUAUAUAGAUCAUUCAAAACAACCAUUUGCUACGAUCAUGUCGACCGCUGAUGUCGUACCUCCAGGAUCGGUGUCUCUUGAAGAUCCGUCAGAAUACCGUCCAGAAUAUAAAGACAAAGAUGACUAUCGUACGUUCGAUAUCCACACAUCACCUGAAAGAGUGAUUAAUACAUACAGAGCAAUGCACACUAACCAGACCCUGGAUUAUGUGAAAAAGAAAAAUGAAUAUUGGUGCAAAUUCAACCAUGGCGAGAUGAGCAUUAUGGAAGCGCUAAACAUGCUGAACAAUUUUAUGGAUGAGAGCGACCCUGAUGUCGAUGUACCGAAUUCCGUACACGCAUUCCAAACGGCCGAGGGAAUCCGACAGAAACACCCCAACAACGAAUGGUUCCAAGUAACAGGUCUGGUCCAUGAUGUAGGAAAAGUAAUGGCGCUGUGGGGUGAACCACAAUUUUCGACCGUUGGAGAUACUUUCCCAGUCGGCUGCCGUCCCGAUAAAUCGAUCGUUUUUGACGCCGAACUUUUUAAAGACAACCCCGAUUUACAAAAUGAGAAAACCAACACGAAACUAGGAAUAUACGAAGAAAAUUGCGGUUUGUCAAACGUUUACAUGUCUUGGGGCCACGAUGAAUAUCUGUACCGAGUUCUGAAAGCUCCAGAAAAUACUUGCCAUCUUCCAGAGGAAGCCUUAUAUUGCAUCCGGUUUCAUUCGUUUUAUCCCUGGCACACAUCCGGUGCUUACAAAUAUCUGUGCGACAACAAAGACUUGGAAAUGAUGAAAUGGGUGAACGAGUUCAAUAAAUUUGAUCUGUAUUCCAAAACUCCGGAUAUUCCUCCGCUAGAGGAGUUGGUGCCUUAUUACACAAAACUUGUGGAGAAAUACAUUCCGGGAAAGCUAAAAUGGUAGAAUUAGUCAUAUACAGAAAAAAACUUUGACUUGCAGCUAAAGUGAAAAAAUGCUCAAAGCAUGCGUUACAGUAGUUUUAUAGGAUGAUUUUGAUAUCGGAUCAUUAAUAUGAAAAUUCCUUGAAUACUUUGGUAUUUAUAUAAGUCUUUGCAAUUUUAAGCUUCUAAAAUAGUUUUAAUUUUUUAAACUAUAUCACAGUGUAUCAGCAUAUUAUACAUGUUAUAGUUGUCAAUCUUUUGUAUAUCAGUGUGUCAGUAUAUAGUUGUCAAUCUUUUGUUCAUAGAUCCGCUUUACACUGAACAUGUAUAUCGGAGAGACGAAAGACUUUUUUUUAUUUUUUACAAAAAAAAACAACAAUUCAAGCGCCUUCUGAGGUUUUGAAAAGAUUCGUUUUAGAAUCGAUAAAUUAUCGUCACUAUGUGAUAGGUUUUGACGUCUAAUAAAUAAUUAGCAUUUGGUUACCAUAGUUCUAGAAAGUACUACAGGGAGUAUUGCAAAUGGAACUAUAAAAAAUAUAUGAAAAACAUCACUCUAUUCUUAUAAAUCCCAUAUAUAUAAAUAUAUAAUAGUAUAUGUAUUGUUCCGAAAAAUAACUAAUAUUUAGACAGAUACGAGCAUUUUUCCAUAUACUAGUAUGUAUAUUGUUCCUAAUACAACGUUAAUUUAGUCAGUUACGAGCUUUGCGCAUUUUCCCGUAUACAUGACAUGGUAUAUACUUAUAUGUAUAUUUUUCCGAAAACAACUAAAUUUUGAGAAGUCAGUUACGCGCUAUGCGCAUUUUCCCAUAUACUAGUAUGUAUAUUGUUUCGAAAACAACUGCAAUUUAGUAAGUUACACGCUCUGCACAUUUUUUACUUGCUCGAGUUUUUCAUUAUAUUGGAAUCUUCAGAAAUAAGAUUCGUAAAAAUGUAAAUUAAUAAUAUAUAUAUAUAUAUAUCAUUAAUUAUAUAUAUAUAUAUAUAUACAUAUAUAUAUAUGUAUACUAAACUCUCAUCAUUUAUGGUACAUUGUCUUUUUAAGUAAGACUGACAAAGAAAUGGAUGAGUUAAUAAAAUUCUUCGGUAUCUUUGCAAAUGAGAUUUGUUUUAGAAUCGUGUACAUUUAUUUCAAAAAGAUCUUGUUUAACAUGUAUUCAUGAGGGUCUGGAUGGGGUAUUUCAUUUCUUUAUUACUUUAAUUUUUUAGACCAUUUUUCUCUAUUCUCUAUAUUUUGUUGACGACACCAUUAUUUUCUAUUCUUUAUCUUUUGUCUAUUUUUUUCUACCCCCUCCCCCCGCCCUUAGUCUGCACUUUUAGCACAUUGUUCUCUAUUUUGUAUACCCGAUCCAGACCCUCAUUCAUUGUAUCUUAUGAAAUUAUCUGAUCGAUACAUGCAGUUAUAUCUUUGGGUGUACCAAAAUGGACGCUUUCUUAGUAAUUUCUACAUAUUGGAUCAUCAAAGAAAACACAAUGAGCUUUCACAAUUGAAAUGUUUUUUUUUUUAAUUUAAUAGCCCACAAAAAUGUGUGUGAACAAUUGAAACUAAAAGUCUUCUUGCUGUCAGUUGUUUAAUUGUUUUGUUUUAAAAAUAAAUAUGGAUAAACCAAAAGAA